AUGGCCCUUUCAGCUCGAGCCGCCGUGUUUGACCGCGGUCCAAGGCUCCUGAGAGACAUUUGGGCGCUCACUGCCAUCGCCAUUGUCACGGUCGCCUUGAGGGUGGCUGCGAAAAUAAGGAUAAGGAAAUUUGGUUGGGAUGACAUUCUCAUGGUUUCGGCAUUGGCUCUCACCAUCGUCGGAUCAGCUCUCGUUACUGUGUGCGUUCACUAUGGGUUCGGUCAACAUGUUUGGGACCUCGAUACGACAAAGGUCGUUCCCAAAGUGAUCAUGUUCGACUAUUUGACACAGACAUUCGGCAUUGCUGGUGGUACUUUGGGUCGCAUUUCCUUCAUUUUCUUCGUCAUUGAGCUACUGGGCACCAGAAGAUCACACAGAGUGAUACUGUGGGUUAUACUUGGGCUACAAAUCUUGACGAACGUGAUGUUGAUCGUCAUUCUAUUUGUCCAAUGUCCAGGACAUGGUUCCGCUAUAUGGACGAAGGAUGGGGGGAAAUGCUGGGAUGUCCGCAUUCAAGCAUACUACGGGUACUAUCAAGGCUCGUUCAACUCGGCCACCGACCUUUAUCUAGCUAUUUUUUCAACAUACGUAUUCUGGAAUUUGAAUUUGAAGUUGAGGGUCAAGGUGGGCUUGGUCACUCUCCUCGGAUUGGGCAUUUUUGCAAUGGCAGCAUCCGUCGUGAAAACAGUACAAACCCGAGUCCUCGCACACGCACACAAUGAUCCAACUACUGCAACCGUCAACUACGAUCGCUGGCUAUACAUCGAAGCCUACGUGGAGGAACAACUGGAACCGGAAGAAGCACAUAUGAGUUAA